GCAGCACACGCCUGACAGGAGGCUCACUUCCGGUUGGGCGCCCAGGUGCUCCCCGCUCUAAGGUCCAGCCUCCCGCCCUGCCCUGUCCCAGGUGACCACAUGACCAGAGGACCUUGCCCUGGGAGCCCGGCAGGAGGAAGUGUCCUAACGCGAGCUGCUGGUGUCGGGGGGCUGGGCGCUGCCUGGGGCACAGACCGCUGCCUCCACCCGGGCUGUGGAGCCUGCCCACCCCCCCCAGACGCCCCAGCUGCAGCGGGAAGCCGACCCCUCCCCCAGACACAGGGAGACAGGGCAUGGCGCAGGCGGCAGGGGCCCCGCGGCCGGGGGCUGGGCAGCCGCCCCUGGUGUUCAAGCUGGUGCUGCUGGGGAGCGGCUCCGUGGGCAAGUCCAGCCUGGCCCUCCGCUACGUGAAGGACGACUUCAGGAGCACGCUGCCGACCGUGGGCUGUGCGUUCUUCACCAAGGUGGUGGAUCUGGGCGCUGCGCCUGUGAAGUUGGAGAUCUGGGACACGGCGGGCCAGGAGAAGUACCACAGCGUGUGCCACCUCUACUUCCGGGGCGCCAACGCCGCGCUCUUGGUGUACGACAUCACCAGCAAGGAGUCCUUCCACAAGGCUCAGCAGUGGCUGAAGGACCUGGAGAAGGAGUCCUCCCCGGGGGAGGUCGUGGUGAUGCUGGUCGGCAACAAGGCGGACCUCGGCGAGGAGCGGGAGGUGCCGUUGGAGGAAGGCAAGGAGUUCGCUGAGAGCCAGCGCUUGCUGUUCAUGGAAACCUCCGCCAGAGCCAACCUCCAGGUGACCGAGGCCUUCAGCACCGUUGCCCGGGAGCUGCUGCAGAGGGCAGAGAGGGAGCAGCGCCAGACUCCGAGGGGAGAUGCCCGACUGGCCUUGAACCAGGGGCCCACAGGGUGGGCCAAGUGCUGCACCCACUAGAAGUAUCCACUCCAGGAGGGGCCUGGGGAGGGUGCCCCUGGCCUGGGCCCGGCUGGUCCUCAGGGUGAGCCACUGCCAGCCCCGUAUGGACCGCAGCACUUGACUCUGGGUCAGCGUUGAGGCUGGUUGGUCCCUGGAGGGGCCCGAAGCUGAUGCCCCUCAGCACAAGUGCCCCGCAGAGCCUUGGGGGUCAUUCGGGAGAGGACCGGCGUCCGACAGCCUCAGUUCCCACCCCUGGGCGCAGACUGAAUCCCAGGUGCCCAGGUGAGGCAUGCCCGCCCCUGCCUGGCACCCCUGGCAUCCCCUCGGCUGCUCAGGGCUCAGAGGAACAAAACGGGUCACAAGUGAAACGGGGCAGGACAGGGUCUGGAUGGCUGUGGUGGGUGCAUGGUCCUCUUACCCCAGGGGCUGGGCAGGACCCGGCUGCUGCUGGGAUUGACGAGAGGACGGAGCAGGCCCAGGGGAGGGGGAGUGACCAUCCCGGGGGUGGGCCCAUGUUCACUGGGCCUCAGAGAAGUUCCCCUGGAGGGGUGGCAGCGGCAGGGGUCUGUGGGGGGCCCUGUCCCAGCUGCAAGUUUGCUGAGGCCACGCUGGUGCCCAGUGAGCUCUUGUGAGGCCGAGCCUGCUGGCCCGAGGUGGAAACUGUACCACUUAGGGGUUUUUCUUCAAAAAUUAAACCACUUU